GCGAAGGCGCGCUCACUAUGGCGCCUCCCCGGGCCCUCGCCUUGGCCCUCCUGCUCGCGACCGUGGCGGUGGCCACGGCUCAGAAAGAAUGUCGCUGUGAAAACUACAAGCUGACCACAAACUGCAGCACGGACAGCAGUGGUGAAUGUCGCUGCACUUCUCUUGGUACACACCAUACUGUCGCUUGCUCUAAAUUGGCUACUAAAUGCUUGGUGAUGAAGGCGGAAAUGACAGGCUCAAAGUCUGGGAGAAGAGUCAAGCCUGAGGGGGCAAUCCAGAACAACGAUGGGCUUUAUGACCCUGACUGUGACGAGAAGGGGCUCUUCAAGGCCAAGCAGUGCAAUGGCACUGCCACGUGCUGGUGUGUCAACACUGCUGGGGUCAGGAGAACCGAUAAGGACACGGAAAUAACGUGCUCUGAACGUGUGAGGACUUUUUGGAUCAUCAUUGAACUAAGACACAAAUCAAGAGAAAAACCUUACAAUGUUGAAAGUCUAAGGCUGGCUCUUGAAGAGGCAUUCGCAACUCGUUAUCAGCUGAAUCGAAAAUACAUCACAAACAUUCUGUAUGAAAAUGAUGUCAUCACUAUUGAUCUGGUACAAAAUUCUUCUCAGAAAACUCAGAAUGAGGUGGACAUAGCGGAUGUGGCUUAUUAUUUUGAAAAAGAUGUAAAAGGGGAAUCUUUGUUUCAUUCCCCGAAAAUGGACCUGAGUGUAGAUGGAGAACAACUGGAUCUGGAUCCUGGUCAAACUCUAAUUUACUAUGUUGAUGAAAAAGCGCCUGAGUUUUCGAUGCAAGGGCUGAAAGCUGGGAUCAUUGCUAUCAUCGUUGUUGUGGCCUUAGCAAUUAUCGCUGGGAUUGUCGUGCUGGUUGUUUCCAGAAGAAAGAGAAUGGCCAAGUACGAGAAGGCCGAGAUCAAGGAGAUGGGUGAGAUGCAUAGGGAACUGAAUGCGUAAUUACAAGAAAUUGAGUUAUUACAAGGAGGGAAAUUAACAGUCUCAGAGGUCUACUGUACAAGCAUGAGAUAAAGAGAAGAUUGAGGAUUCUAUUUUGUUAGCAUAGUAUGUUUGUAAUUGUAAAACUUGUACUCAAAACAUAAGCAGCUUGAAAUUGGUUUUAUCAAUCUUAAAAUUUUGACAAGUGUCUUAUAUAUGCAGAUCUAAUGUAAAAGUGACAACUUUCUACUGCGUAGUUAACAUUAUUUAUGUACAACAUUGGGAAGUAUAUAUAUUAAAUAUGCUUUCACCUUAGACUGCAUGACUGUUGCCUCAUUCACUUGUGAUUAAAAGCUGCCUUUCUAUUUACAUUUUGAGUUGUACAUAUUAUUGCUUUUAAUUUCUUUAAACUUUUUUAUGGAUUACGAAAUAAAACAUUUUAAAACUGAA